AUGGCCAUCCUAGAGCAAUUUGACCAGAGGACCAAGGUUCCUCAUUUGCUGAUUGAACUGCGCAACCAGGGCUACAUUGAGAUAUGUGGCAAGAACAUGGGCGGGAUAUAUGACAAGCUAGAUUCCUUCUUCAAGACCUACUUUGGUGCUCGCGACGCGAGGCUGGUCAUGCGGCACUAUGUGGUGAGUGCAGCAGGUCUGCAGCAAUUGGGGUCGUUUGGACGUUUGCCUGGGGCCUACAGCCCGAUUCCUGUCCAGCUAAGGAAAGCGGCUGCUGCGUCGGGCAAGGACUUGGUGCGACUGGGACUUACAAUGCAGCCCAAAGAACCGUGCGACGAAGUUUGCGACAAGAUCCUGAACCGCAUGCUAGUCAGUGUUGAUGUGCAGAAUCGAUCGCAAGCGGUGAUCAAUUUCAUGACCAAUGAGUGUGGAUGGGGCCUACAUCUAGCCGAUGGUGGAAAUCUUGGUUACAAAGGACCCGUGACGAUGCUCCCGGACACCCCUCAUGUGGAGCUGCCCCGCAUCCAGAGCCUGCGCGACACUGGCGAAUGCAUGCGAACGGACUUCGUGCAGAGGAGAUGGGGCGGGUCGGUGGUAGGCGACCGAAAUAGCCACAAGGACUACUGCGACCUUAAGUUCACCACGUCUGCCUUCAAGAAGAGAGGGAUGCAGGGCGAAAACAACCUGGGAAUGAAAACGAUGGAGAUCGUCGACUUCAUGACCAAAGAGUGUGCCUGGACCCUCCUGACUUGUACUGGAGGAAAUUGUGGUCUCACUGGCAGCAUGAGGGAGCAACAAAUGGUUUUCAGAAAUGAUGCCCAUGUGCAGCACGGCGACCAGCAUCUCAUGAUCGAGCUUCGUGACCAGGGCUAUGUGGAGCUCAACGGCUUGCACGAUGCGCCCGAGGCAGCCCAACUGCUGGACAACUUCUACAGACAGCAGGGCUGCCAGGUGUAUCAACCUGGGUUCUGGGAAUCUUCUGAAAAGUUCUGCGACGUCAAGUAUCAGACUCCUGCAGGUUUUUACUACCGUGCAGGCACCACGAACAAUCUAGGCAAGCGCACCAUUGAAGUUGCAAGCUAUCUUGGGAACUAUGGCUGGAUGCUGCUGCUUUGUAACGGUGGUAAUAUUCACGCAGGCCAACAGAGGUCCGGCAUCAUACGUGAGCAGCAGGUGAAAUUCACAAAGGCUCGGCCGACCGACAACCCGGCGGCCCCCCUGCUGAUGAUCGAGCUGAGGACGAUACCGAUGAAUAAAGAGGGCCAUUAUCAGGGCUUUAUCGAGAUCAACGGGCAGAACACCAACGGCGUGUAUCAGCAGGUCAUCCAGUACAUGCAGCAAACCAUGCUCUGUACACCUCUGGGUCCACAGCCGUAUUGUGACCUCCUGCUUCAGUGCAAUUGCUUCCGCCUCCGAGAGGCCACAACAAGUUGGCAUCAUCUUCAUGGCCGACUGAAUGGUGAGAGCAACUUUGGCAGGUACACGAUGCGUCUUUGCGACUUCAUGGUUGACCACCUGGGUGAGUGGGACCUGAUCGUUUGCAAUGGCAACAGCGUUGACUCUAUCUUCCGCGUGGGAAAGGAUAGUACCAUCAGUGUGAAUGGCCGCGAGCAGCAGCUGAUCUUCAGGCAUCGGCCUGGCGGUCGCAACGUGUUCAUGGCAGCGGAUGUGAACGUGGCUAAACUGGGACGCCCUCCGCUCUUGCCUCCCAACUACUGGAAGGAAAGCAGCAGGACGGGAUCGGUUGGCCAGGAGAUCGUUCCUGCAACGGCUGAGGAGAUCGCUUGGAUUCAGGAGGCGAUGGACGGAACAUACAAGAAAAAAUCCACACGUGAUCGUGCCGGUGGUCCUCUCGCUGAUCGCUUCGUGGUGGUGUCUGCUCUUCGAUCGGAGCAUCCAGGCUUGUGGGAAAAAUUCGCGCAGAGGAGAAAUCACGUUGCCAAAGACAUCAAGAACCGAAGCACCGUGGAGAUAGUUGAGCCCAAGACAGUGAAAGCCUGCAAAGCCUUCGAGGAAAGGUGCACUCAUCCUCGGCUUGGCAAUCCAACCAAUGAGGCUUACUUGUUCCAUGGGUCCAAUCCAACUUCGGCCAUUUCGAUCUUGAGCACUUCUUUCAAAGUUGACUUCGCUGGUGCUGCCGUUGGCACAAUGUUCGGGCCUGGAGUGUAUCUGGCAGAGUCCUCCUCGAAGUCGGAUGAAUAUGCCCGAGACGAAAACACGGGAGGUGCUUAUGACGGUCUAUUUGCCGUGCUGCUUUGCAGAGUUGUGGUGGGAAGUUCUUAUGUCGUCGAGAAGCCUGGCAACUACACCGAGAAGUGUACCUCUGGUGAGUUUGACAGCGUUGUCGGAGACCGCGAGAAAGCCGUUGGUACUUUUCGAGAGUUCAUCAUCUUCGAUGAAGCCUCCAUCUAUCCUGAGUACGUGGCUUUCUAUCGCAGAGAGUACAAGGAUGGCCCGCCCGCUCCCAAGGCAGCGCCAGCACCGGCCGCAGCUUCGUAUGCGCCGGAUCAGCAUGUCAUGCCAGCAGCACGCACUAUGCAGGUGCAAAUCCCCGAGGGCGCUGCACCGGGAACCCGCAUUCAGGCAAAGGCGCCCUGGGGCGCCACACUGGAAAUUGUGGUUCCAGAAGGGGUAACGCCGGGACAGCUGAUCACAGUGAGCGCAUGA